UGGUCGUUCUACUUGAAAAAGCAAACAAUAGUCUCAAAAGCGAUGCACGUGAAUAAAUGAAUUUAAAUACAUUGGUUUUUAAGCAACCAUGUAGUAAUUUUGUUUGCGUCUAAAUGAAAACCGUCUACGCUACUGACGUUGUUAAAAAUUCAUUGCCUUCUGUACGUGUUCAGUUUGUCAUGAUAGACAUUAGUUAGCUUGUUUAUCUUAUCGCGAAGAAAGAAAGAGAAUAAUAAUUGGUACUGAAUGGCCGACGAAGAAGAACCCUUCAGAGCCCAUAACUGGAAACAGUUGACCCCACAACAGCUGAGAAAUCUGCCGGCGGUGCAGAGGGGAAAGUAUUUGGCCUAUGAGGAACCCCCGAAGGAUGUGUUAGACGCUCAGGAGGCGACUCUGAAGCGAAUCAGAGAGACCUACAAGCAGAAGAAAAUGGCCACCAAAGGAAAAGAACCAAUUGAUUUGGAGCGAGAAAAGCAGGAGAUUUUGAUUGGUCAGCUGAAAGCGGCAGAGGCACGCAACAGACUGAAGGCUAUGAAGAGUAAAUACCACCACUACAGAGCAGAGGAUGUGGCCCAUUUGAUCACAACACAGCCAACCGCUUUAGCCUCCGUGAAGCUGGAGUGUCUGCUGCCUGCCAAAGAAGAGGACAUGAACCUAAAAGACCCUCUCAAUAGACUAAAGCGAAGGAGGGUUGAACGAAUUCUCGAUGAUGUGAACUCUUACGCUUAGACUAUUUGUUAUAUAAUUAAGUUCUGAAAAAAAGUUGUUUUGUCUGUGUUUUUGUUUUUUAAUUUAGCAUGAAUUGA